UGACAUGAAUAUAGUUAUGAAUGUAUUUCGAAUAUUUGAAGUGAGCAUAUAUGAGCAACCUUCAAUAUCAUUUCAUUUAAAAGUUCGAAAGCAAAAUUUUUAAACCAACAAUUUUCAAGUGUCAAAGCCAUUUACGCACGAUAAUACGUGUUUCUUCUUGGGCAUUUGAUCAUAGCAUUAAUAUUAUGACAUCUACAGUACAGAUUGACGGAAGUUUAGGCGAGGGUGGUGGCCAAGUAUUGAGGAUAGCAUUGUGUCUGAGCGCAUUGUACAAAAUACCAGUGAAAAUUAAUAAUAUUAGAGCAGGUCGACCGAAACCUGGACUAGCUGCUCAACACUUAAAAGGUAUCGAAUUAUUGAAGAGUAUGUGCAACGCGGAAGUACAAGGAGCAAAUCUAGGAUCGACUAGCAUAGAGUUUAAACCGAAUAACUUAAACUCGGACAGAAGACAUACAUUUGUCGUAGAUACAGGAACUGCUGGUUGCAUCUGUUUGUUAGCCCAAAUAGCAUUGCCCUGUGCUUUAUUUUUUCCACGAGGAGAUGUUGUCACAUUAAUCCUUAAAGGUGGUACAAAUGUUCCUAUGGGGCCACAUAUAGAAUAUCUUACAGAAGUUUUAAGACCUUUACUUAAUAAAUUUGGAGCUGAUUUUGACUUCAGAGUUGUGAGAAGGGGUUAUUAUCCAAAGGGAGGCGGAGAAGUGCGUUUAUACGUAAAACCUGUUCGCGUUCUGAAUGCUGUUAAUUUAAUUGAUCCUGGUGUACCUAAGGAUAUAGUAGGAUGGGCAUAUGUUGCCGGUGUUGUUUAUAUCGAAGAAGCACAUAAAAUGGCGAACGAUGCUAAAGAAGUUCUGAUAGAAGGUUUAAAUAAAUACGAUAUUCCAAUUUCACAGAUAAACAUUGAAUGUUAUAAGGAAGAUAAAGUUGUAGCCUUCGGAAAUGGGUCUGGCAUCAAUGUAGUGUGCACUACCACUAGUGGAUGUGUCUAUGGUGGUUCAGGAUUGGGUACCAGUCGUCGAGAACAAGUUAUACCAGGUGUACAAGCAGCUGGAGAAAUCUUAAACGCAAUUUUAGCAGGGUCUUGCGUUGACGAACAUGCUCAAGAUCAAUUAAUAAUACUGAUGGCUCUAGCAAAAGGCACCUCGAAAAUUAAACUUGGAAGUCAAAAACUAACUUGUCACACCGAGACGGCUAUAAAAGUGGCAGAAAUGAUGUUAAAACAUUAUAAUCUUCGGUUUAAAUUGAAUGAAAAAAAAGUUGGAGAUAACAUUUCGUAUACUUUAGAGUGUGAAGGUUGUGAUUAUAAACCUUUAACAACACAAUAAAUAAAUGUUGCGAUGUGUCCGCAUUGUGCAUACGCGCGGACGAUAUCUAUGUACAUAUAUUAUACUGUUCGAGUGUAUGCACUUAACCCUUUGCGCUCAGAGAAUUUUUACAAAUCACUAUCAACUCGAACGUAUUUAUUCGUGAAGUAGUAAGUACAUAUGCGUAUAAGAUCUUCAAGUAUAAUAUUAAAUGAUAUAACGUUGGAAAAAUAAUAAAUAUAUUUAAAUAGAAUAUAACACGA